UUGAGCAUUGCAAAUCAGCUCAUUCGUAGUAAUCAUCCGUUGCCUUAUGCCCCUGCAGUCGGAUUUCGCACGGCGUCUGUCUUCUGUGAGAAUCCGGCGAAAAUCGAACUCAAGGAGUGUUACGUGUGUGGACAGAUGAUAUCAGCUCAGCGAGCGGUGACGGCAUUGGGUCGUGACGUAUGUCCUCAGCAUCUGACGUGUUAUCGAUGCAACACUCGACUGGACUUCGACGUAUGGGCGAUCGGCUCGGCAAUAUACUGCGAGCGAUGCUUCGAGGUUGUGAAAAAAUCCUUCAGGUGCACCGGCUGCCAGGGCCUCAUUGCGGACACAGCGCUGAAAGAACUCGACGGCUACUGGCACAAGAGUUGCUUCGUCUGCCAAAAGUGCAGAAGGCCAUUUCCAUCAAACAGGUAUUGUGUCGUUGAAAAGAAACCCUAUUGCAUGCAAGACGCCCAACAGAUAAUUAAAGAGGCGCUAUCGAAGUAA